GAAUCAAUCCCCGUCUAUUCUCUCCUUCCGCCUAGUAUGAAGGAGGCAGUUCUUUCUGGGUUGAACCCUUUGAUCCCAGGGAUACAACUUCAGAAUUUCGUCGACAUUCUUCCUGUCACUUACGCACAACAAAACUACAUCACGCAAGGGAUUGCAAUGCCUCGCAUAGCGUUCAAUUACCUUUACGUUGAUAUAGGACCGCAACUGGAUGUAGAUCUCCUCACAGACAGCUGUCGCAAACUCGUCAACCAUUUCCCGGUUCUCCGCACACGAUUCGCUCACUUCAAAGGGAAAUGGUGGCAGGUCGUCCUAAAUGACAUUGAAUUGCCUUUUACCACAUUUGAGGUCAACGGACCACUUCCAGAAGAAUCGGACGCAAUCUGUAUGCGGGAUACCGAACAGACAGAUCCACUAGGACUCCCUACUUCUUUUGUACUCGUACGUAACAGCUCCAAGGAAAAUCGGUUGAUUAUUCGCCUUUCUCAUGCCCAGUACGACGGUGUUUGUAUUCCAGUCAUCUUGAAAACACUUGUCUCUCUCUACCAGCAGGAGCCCUUACACCCUGCUACAGGCUUUUCGACUUAUCUUGCACAUGCCCGUAACCAACAGACUGACUCAGCUCAUUACUGGCGGGAACUCCUCCAAGGCUCACAACUCACCAGGGCUAUUACAAUACUUCAACCGGAAACGCCAGGGGAGGCUGUCCCUCGUGGGAUCUUAGCUGAGAGGUCUAUCUACGCUCCUACUCUUCCUGAUUAUCUUACAAUGGCCUCUCUCGUCAGUUCCGCUUGGGCAGUGGUGCUUUCACGAAUUACUGGAAAAGAAGACGUUGUGUACGGACAUGUAGUCGCCGGUCGCAAUUCUGAUAUCCCGGGUAUCACGGAAAUAGUUGGGCCUUGCGUUAACAUAGUCCCAGUUAGGGCUGUCACUCCUCCUACCAAAAUUUCAGAAGAGCUCAUACUCUCUAUCCAAGAGCAAUACAUCACGCUCGGGCAAUCGGAUUCAAUGGGGUGGGAUGACAUCAUCCAACAAUGUACGGACUGGACUCCUGGACUGGCGCUUGACUCGGUGGUUCUGCACCAGAGCAUCGAUGUGGAACCUGAAAUUCAUAUCGCGGGAGCAACCGCGAAGUCUCAGUGGUUCAAAAACCCCUCGCAAGUGUCACACCACAUAGGCAUCCUGUCACAGCCACAAGGCGACAAGCUGAGGAUUGUAAUCGCGGGCAACACUCAUAUUUUGAGGGCAGAAAUGGCAGAUCCGCUACUUGAUAUGCUGGUAGAAACUGUCAUAGCACUUUCAACUGACUUGCAAGCACCGCUCACUUCAUGCAAGCCAUCCUUAGCA